AUGGGGUCCAUUAGAACCAAAAAUGAUUUAUAUUUACUAUUGAAGCGCUCGAAAACUAAUCUUAAUAAUUAUUUAUUUCUUCAAACUGAAAUUUUGAAACUUACUAAAGUAAAGAUUUCUGAAGGUGCCCUCAAAUCAUUAGAAUUGUCACUGAGAUAUUUUUGUAAUAAUUUACAUAAAAAAUGGGUUAGCGCUUCAUAUAAUGAAAUUCGAUUUUUGAAUAAACACGAUACGUGGCUUAUGCAAAACUAUAUAUUGCCGGAAGAUUUCGCAUCUGAAAUUCGUAUUAAAAAUGUGUCUCCUAAUAGAGGUUCAAACUUAAAUGAAACAAAAUUUAAUAAUUAUUCUGAUAGACAUAAAAAUCGUAUAACUGAAUCACUAAGAAAUAAUUAUUCGAGUGAUGAACUUCUGCAUGCGGCAAAAUUUAAAUGUAAAACUGAGAGUAAAAAUGAUAUGGCUUCAAUUCUAAAUUAUUUAAUUGAAAACCCCAGUGAAGCAAACAGAAUUAAAAAAACAUGUGAAAAAAAUAGUAUUUAUUUAGACACACUUUCGAAAAAUAAAGCACUUGGUAUGAUUAUUUCUUUAAAACUGUCUAAAUAUCAGUACAGUACUUUACGGAAUAGUCUAUUAAAAGAUGGUAUAAAUUACUAUCCAUCGUACUAUAAAAUUCAACAGGCAAAAAAUGAUUGUUAUCCAGCAAAGGAGUCUAUACAUGUGACUAGUUCUGGCGCGAAAAUUCAACUACAAGCUCUUUUAGACCAUACUGUUUCGAGAAUUUUAUUGACCGUCCAGAAAAACCAAAAUGAAAUUGUAUAUAAAAAAUUAGUUCUAAUAAGUAAAUGGGGAUGUGACGGAGCAUCUGGACAAAGUAACUAUAAACAAAUAGAUUCCAAUAAUACAUUUGAAAACGAUUCUGGUAUUUUUAUAAUUAGUUUAGUCCCAAUAAAACUAUAUGAUUUGAAUACUGACGAAGUUAUUUGGGAAAAUGAUCGUCCAUCGUCUACACAUUUUUGUCAUCCUAUUAAAUUCGAGUUUGUAAAAGAGAACUGA